AAUCGGUUAAUUGAAAAAGAAAUUUGUUGUAGAGAAGUUAGGAGCGUAUAAAUUCCUACGUAUUGAACGGUUUUGAUUAAAUAAUAUAAAAAGUGUACCUAACAUUAAAUAAUAAAGUGUACAUCUGUCGAAUAUUGUUUAAAGUGAAAAUAUUUGUUUAUAGACUGAUAAGUUACGACAAACAAUAAUAUUUGAGAUAAAUUAUUAGUGAAGUGUAAAAAGAUUAUUUAAAAAGCCUCUAAAAAUACAAAAGAAAAAUGGGAAAAGACUAUUACAAAAUUUUGGGAAUUAACAAAAAUGCCACCGAGGAGGAAAUCAAAAAAGCCUACCGGAAAUUGGCACUAAAAUAUCAUCCCGAUAAAAAUAAGUCACCUCAAGCAGAAGAACGUUUUAUAGAAAUAGCAGAAGCUUAUGAGGUACUAUCAGAUAAAAGCAAACGAGAUAUAUAUGAUCAGUAUGGUGAAGAGGGCCUUAAAGGUGGCAUACCUGGCGGUGGUAAUGAAUCAGGUGGCGGUACUAACACAUAUACAUUCCACGGUGAUCCGCGUAGCACAUUUGCACAAUUCUUUGGCUCAUCUGAUCCGUUUAGUUUCUUCUUUGACAAUAGCGGAGGCGGUGGUAUUCCACACGGUACAUUCCAAACUCAGAGUAUGUUUGAUGAUGGUGAAUUUACACAAAUGCCUGGCGGUCUAGGCGGGGCAUUCCGUUCACAAUCAUUCAAUGUACAACCAAAUCGGAAGCGACAAGCUCAAGAUCCGCCUAUUGAGCAUGAUUUAUAUGUUACAUUAGAAGAGAUCGACAAGGGUUGUGUAAAAAAAAUGAAAAUAUCGCGUAUGUGUCAUGGUGCGGAUGGUAAUUCUCGGAAAGAGACGAAAGUAAUAAAUAUCAAUGUGAAACCGGGGUGGAAGGCUGGUACCAAAAUAACUUUUCAACAAGAAGGUGAUCAAAAGCCUGGCAAAAUACCCGCCGAUAUUAUUUUUAUUAUUCGUGAUAAGCCACAUCACCUGUUCAAACGUGAUGGAAAUGAUCUCAAAUAUAGUGCAGUAAUCUCCCUAAAACAAGCAUUGUGCGGCACAUUAGUACAAGUUCCAACACUGCAAGGUGACCGUAUCGGCUUGAAUAUGCAGAAUGAAAUUAUCAAACCAAGCACUAUUAAGCGAGUAUCAGGGCGUGGCCUACCAUAUCCUAAGGAACAAAACCGUCGUGGUGAUUUGCUGGUAUCGUUUGAUAUCAAAUUUCCUGACACAUUGCAUCAUGACGCGAAAGAAGUGCUAAAUGAUUUGCUGCCAAACUAAAUGGAUGCGAGGUCUAUUACAUCGGGAGGUAAAACAUUCUUAUCAAAUUUAAAACAAUUAUUGCAACGGCAGGAGAAAACAACAAACAUUAAUAUAUUUAUUAUAUAAGAAAUUAUAUUGCUUGCAAAACAUGCCGAGUCCAUAUACA